GGCCUUUUUUUUUAACUUUCACUUGGUAUUCAAAAGCCGAAUUUCUUCUUUUUUCUUUGUUUAGUAGCUCUCGAGCACUUGAAUUCUCAAGUUUUAUGCUUCAUUUACCUUUUAUUUAAAUGCACAUUCACUCAAUCAAAUAUUCAAGUUGUAUAACACAGCACACACACAUUCAGCAGCUCUCGUGUUUUAAUGACGUUGUGUCUUAGUGCGCACCAUUUCAACUGACGGGUCGAUCCGUAAUAGUAGCUCAUUGUUUUCAAUCUCCGACACAUCUCCAGCAGCAGCUAAUACGCGCGUAUAUUGAUUGUCAUUCGAGCGUGACGUCCGAGCUUUCCAUCGGGAAAUCGUCACAGUCAGAAACGGACCCCAUCGCCCUGCGUAUUACUUUGGCGAGAAGCACAGCAUUGCGUCGGUGGCGUACACACACACACACCCGCACCAUAUAUUUGUGCUGCUGGAUUUACUACUGAAAAUAUCACCGUCGCCAAGCCAAGAUCGGAAGGCAGGUUAAGAUGACGCGGGACGAAUUGUACACGCUGCGUCAACAAGGAAACGAAUCCGAUUGCUGUGAGAUGGGGGAGAAAAGGGGGAUCCCAUCGAUCCUUAGUUCCGACCGGUCGUAUUAGAGUUCUUAUACAAAAGACUGGUGAUCCAAGAGAGCUACCAGUUUCUUCCAUCUUUUCUGUGUAGUGUGAAAUUCGCAUAAAAAGUUGUUCCUGGCAACACCCCACCACACGUGAAACGGAGGCCAAAUUUUUAAGUGACAGGAUCGUGUUUCUAAAGUUUUCAGCGUUCUGUCAAAAUGGCUGCCAUGGGUGAAGAGGCAAAAUUCUAUGCUGAAGAGGAAUUGGUGGCGUCAGCUCCCAGUCGGAAAAACUGGAAAGGGAUGCUUAUUGCUAUCUGUGUCAUAUUUGCUAUUCUCGGUUGCAUUUUGGCUUCCGUGAUUGUCAUGACUCCUGUAGAUGACGGACCUCGUGUAAAAGGCUCGAGAUUCUCUUUGGAGGAUGUGCUGGGCGAUAAAUUCCAACCGCUGAAAUUCAACGGGUCCUGGUUGAAAAACAACCAACUCUUGAUUACCGACGGAAAUGAUAACCUGCAAAUAUUGGAUGCUCCUAGUGGGACUCUUCAGCCACUCUUGUACAACGAGUCUAUUCCGGUGCCACCAGGAUCAACAUAUUCUUUAUCGCCAGACAAUCGAUUUCUCCUUCUCACAACUGAUUACAGAAAGAGACCCGGAAGCAUCGAGGAAUUUGAGGCGAAAGUUUACGACCUUUCCACAGGAAUCGUUUACCCCAUACCCUCCGCCUCUCCGGAUGAACGUGUGCCGAUUCAGGCCGUCAUGUGGAGUCCCUCCCCCCGUAAUGGCGCACUUGUGUACUGCCACCAGAAUGACAUUUAUUACAUUCCGGAUAUUACUAUUGAUCAAACCGAGAGAAUAACUUCAGAUGGAUCUUUUAAUAGCAUUUCUAAUGGGGUGCCAGACUGGACCUAUAGAGCAAUGGCAAAGCAACCAGCAAUGUGGUUCUCUGAGACCGGUGAUCGCCUGUCAUACAUCGCAUUCAAUGACACCGCCAUACCGGAGAUCAAACUUUCGAUUUACAGCGAACCUGAUUCUUUUGAAUUGUACACUGAGCAAGUUCUCAUACGCUAUCCAACGCCUUCGUCACCGAUCCCCAGAGUCAGUUUGCGCGUUGUUGAUUUGAUGGAAAAAGAUAUCGUCAAAGAAUUGCGGCCGCCAUUAAGCAUAAGAGACCAGGAGUAUUAUCUAACAAUGGUCAAAUGGGUUAACGACCAAAGAAUAUGCGCCAUUUGGACUUUACGCUCGCAGAACGUUUCUCUGAUUUCUUUUUGCGAUGCCGGACCGUGGCAUUGUCAAACGGUAUCUACCAUUGAAAGUGGUUUGGAAGGAUGGCUUGAUGUGGGUGCUGAUAUGCUUUUCCAUCCCAACGGAAACUCCUUCCUUCACUUGGCGCCAGUUCAAAUAGACCACACGCAAGAUUAUUUCACCAACAUCAUUAUGGUUGACGCCGUCAAGAGACAUUCGUGGCCUGUCACCCAAUACAAAUCAGAAAUCCAUCACCUGCUCGGAUGGGAUACGAACAAUGGGCGAAACCUUGUGUAUUACUCGGCUUCAGCCGAAGGUGGCCGAUCGAAAAGACAAGUCUACAGGGUUGAAAUCAACGGCCAAAAAGCCGAUCAGAACACCGUCGAGUGUCUGACGUGCUCUGUCCAGGCUCGUCAUCUGGCCGAGCAGUCCUCACAUUCAGUUACUUCCUCUACUUCCGGUUCUUCUUCUUCUUCGUCCAAAUCUCAAGCGAAAAAUUCGACUCCUUUGAAUUUCACGAGUUCGCAUCCGAACCAGUACCACUCGAACUCUACGUGCCGUUAUUCCAACGCCAUACUGAGUCCGAGCCUCGAGUACUACGUGCACGAAUGCCUAGGACCUACUAUACCCUAUGUUGAAGUUCGAUCGCUGCCGACCAACAAAUUGGUCAAAUUGAUUCAAGUCAAUCGACAGUUGCAGUUGGAUUCGAUGGACAAAGCAUUCCCCAGAAAGAUACAACUCAAAGUCCCGUUGCUCGUCGACAACACUCCUUGGAAGAGGAGUCAACCUGAUUAUGUGGCCGUUGAACUUUAUUUACCACCCGGCUUAAAAGAGGAAGAAUCGACAGUUUACCCAUUACUGGUUUGGACAACCGACGAACCGGCAACGGUCAGUGUCACAGAUGAAUGGAAAAUGGACUGGGCAACUUACAUGGCUUCAGGCCGGGACGUGAUCGUAGCGAAAAUUGACUUGCACGGAUCGCAAGGAAGUGGUCAUCUGCUCCGGAAUUCCAUUUACCGGCAGCCCGGGGUUUUGGAGGCGGUAGAUUUAAUUCAAACAACAAAAAUAUUGCAAGAAACAUUUGCGUUCAUCAGUCCGAUUAAAACCGCAUUAAUUGGCUCUCACUAUGGUGGAUUCCUUUCUCUUUAUACUCUGGCCAACGACCCAGGGGCAGUUUUUGGCUGCGGGAUUGCAAUAUCACCCGUUUCGUCCUGGAAGACACUAACCGCUCCUUACGCCGAACGUUACCUCGGCCUUCUCAGUGAACGCGAAGGACAGCGCCACUAUUUCGAAGCUGAUUUGACUACCUGCACCAAGAAUUUACACGCUAAAAAAGUCUUCCUUUUGCACGGAACUUUGGAGGAAAAGUACCACGUAACUCAUUCGAUGCUGAUCGCCAAGAGUUUGAUCGAGAAACGGUUUUCAUUUCAGCAACAGUUGUAUCCGGAUGCCAACUACCAGAUGAUGUUGCGUAACGCCCAGAUGUACGAGAGCAUAGACAUAUUUUUGAACGGCUGCUACGACGGAAGAGAAAUGCCUGAACUAGAUAACACACUCCACAAGGGAGAUUAACAUUCGACUAUCUUGAAAGAAAGAUUUAAAAAAAAAAUACUCUUGAUAGUACAUCAUCAAUACUAGUCAUUCUAUAAUUACUUUUAAUUGAACUUACAAUUGCACUAUAUUAUUCUUCCAUAACUUAUUCUUGAUCUCACGACGUCACAAUUAAGUGAUCCUUUUUUAACACUCCAUCAAGACAUGACAAUUAACCAAAUAGCCUAAAUAUAAUUGACGACGCACAAAACUAUUCAUAAAAGCUCUCGAUACCAAAUAUUUUAGUUUGAAAUUUGUUUUGACAAAUCUAAUAAUCACGUUAUCCCUAGACAAGAAAACAUUUCGCCGAUAACAGUAUAUACGUGUAUAUCUAUUUCGUUUGUAUUUAUUACAUUGUUAUUGGUUUUACCUUAUAAUUCUGAUUAUACCCUUGCAUAUAAUGCCCCCCAAGGACUCUUGGUACAAACUCUGUGGAAUUAUACGUUCAAACUUUAAA